AUGCGAUCCGUCCAAACCCGAAACAGAAUCGGGGAAGCGCAAAGCGACAAGUUUCACAGGCAUAUCGAUACCGCUGUAUCACACGCGGCAUUCCCAGAGACCAACGUGGUGAAGCAGAGCAGCAUGGUUAAUUUGGUUGCACACGUCCGCUUUUUCCCUUGUGUUUGCGGCCACAACCCAGCAGUAAACCGCGUUCUUGGCGCCACCACAUCUGCUUCCCCAACACAAUGUGACACCACGCCCCUCCCCCCAAAUCCCCAGCACACCUGCCGCCCCUCCACAGGGCCUGCAUACUACUUUUCAAACACUGCAGUGUCCAUGGCCGCGCCCCACAACUCCACUGGGGCAAUGCGUUGUUGCUGCUGCUGCUGCUCUCUCUCGCCCUCUCUGUGCGUGUGUAUGGCGCAAAUUGAAGCCUCCGCCUUGCCUGCUGCCCGACGCUGUGAUCAGAGAAAAUGA